AUGCAGGCUAAAGACACCAAUCCACCAGACGGUGGCUAUGGUUGGGUUGUGGUAGUGUCAGCCUUUAUGGUGAUGGGCCUCACUGUUGCUGUCCUCAAGACUUUUGGUCUGUUCUUUGUUGAAAUCCAGCAGCACUUUGAAGAACUUGCAAGCUCCACUUCCUGGAUCACAUCAGUAACUAUUGCCAUCUUUCAUUUAGGAGCCCCUGUUGCCAGUUCCCUGUGUGUACAAUAUACCCAUCGGACAGUUGUGAUCACUGGAGGACUCCUGGCUUUUUCAGGAAUGGCACUGGGAUUUUUUGGACUCAACAUGAUCUGGAUGUAUGCAACGACUGGCUUCCUACAGGGUCUUGGCAUUUCUUUUUCGUGGACACCAGCCAUUAGCAUUGUCAGCCACUAUUUCUCCAAGAAAAGGGCUUUGGCCAAUGCUAUUGCCAGUGCUGGAGAAUGCGCCUUUGCAUUCAUGUUUGGGCCAUUUUUCCAGUGGUUGAUUAGUCAAUAUGGAUGGGAAGGUUCCCUCUUGAUCAUAGCUGGCAUCCAACUCAAUAUUUGUGUCUGUGGAGUACUGAUGCGACCCCUGGCAAGCAGCUGCCUCCUUGAGGCCAGUGAAACUGAAACACUACCUGGCAACGGUGCAUCCAGGAGAGACAAAGAAGUUAAGUCUCCCAUCACGCACAAAACCUUCAACUGGAUGCUUGUGAGGCAAACAGAAUUUGUACUUUAUGCCAUUUUUGGUAUAUUAGCUGCUAUGAGCUUUUUUGUUCCUCCAUUAUUUUUAGUUCCACUUAGCUACAGCCUGGGAAUGGAUGAAUCAUGGACUGCAUCCCUCCUAUCCAUUUUGGCUAUGGUGGACUUUGGAGGCAGAUUGCUGUGUGGCUGGUAUGCCAACCUCCAUGUUACCAAAACCAUUCAUUUGCUGGCAAUGACGAUUAUAUUGAUCAGUACUUCCCUGAUGCUGUUGCCACUGGCUAACAAUUACCUUUCCUUAGCAAUAUUCACUGGCUUCUAUGGAUUCUUCUUUGGUACAACAGUGGCCAUUCACAUUACAGUGCUGGCAGAUGUUGUAGGCAUGCCAGAAUUUGACAGUGCUCUAGGGCUUUUCAUGCUCAUUCGAAGCACUGGAGGUUUUGUGGGGCUUCCUCUUGCAGGUCUGAUUGUGGACAUGGCCGGAGAUUACAGAGCAGGCUUCUACAUGGCAGGAGCCACUCUUGUCCUGUCAGCUGGAUUUUUAAUUAUUUUAGAUCAACUCCAACAGAGAAAAAAAAGAGGAAGCAAGAUUAGAACUAAACCAGAAAAGUCAACAUUACCCUACCCUUCCUUCCAUAUUCUGAAGCAUCAAACCAGAAGUUUUUCACCCAUAGUUGGUCAUCCUGCCUCUCAUGAAGAAAGUCCAACAAAUCUGAACAACUCUCUGGGUUCAGAACCUCCAGUUUACCGCAGCCGAAGUCGGAGCAAAGGAAAACAGCUUUUCUGGUGA